CGUCCCACCUAGUGUAGCGGAUGUCAUAUGGAAGCAGGGGCAGCUUCUCAAGACUUCUAACUGACGCCCAAGGAAUGGUCCGAUAGAAGCCUGCCUUUUGUAAAGAGAAAUCUUUAGGGAUGAAGAAUCCUUCGGGGAAGCAAGUACUCUGAGCAGUACUGUUAGAGGGUUAGGGCGCUAUUGUCUUGCCCUAUUCCAAGAUGGCGACUCGGCUUCACCGAGUUCUCACUUCCGCUCCCCCUCUCUAGUGAAGCGCUCUCUGAAUGGCUAGGUCCUGGUGCCGUGGCGUGACGUCACGACCCCCUGACCAAUCGGUUGAGAGCUGAGCUGUACUAGGCAGUGGGAACCGGACUCUGGCCCUCGUCGUGUGUGGGUGCGGACGGUUGUGGCCAGUUCUCUUUUAGACCAUGGCAACUUAUCUGGAGUUCAUUCAGCAGAAUGAAGAACGUGAUGGCGUGCGCUUCAGCUGGAAUGUGUGGCCUUCCAGCCGUCUUGAGGCCACAAGAAUGGUUGUCCCCCUGGCUUGUCUCCUCACUCCAUUAAAAGAGCGUGCAGACCUGCCUCCAGUACAGUAUGAACCUGUGCUUUGCAGCAGGCCAACUUGCAAGGCUGUUCUCAAUCCUCUUUGUCAGGUUGAUUUUCGAGCAAAACUUUGGGCUUGUAAUUUCUGUUUCCAAAGAAAUCAGGUAUGUGAAUUAUUUCUAAAUAUUAUAGAGACUAUUUUCAUACCUAACUUGCUUUGAAAAUUGUAUACUGAUCAUUAUGUUAUUUUAUUUUAUUUUUGUCUAAAGCGUGGUGCUCGGUCCCCUCUGAUAUUUCUCUAUGUGGUUGACAUAUGCCUGGAGGAAGAUGACCUUCAAGCCCUCAAAGAGUCUUUGCAGAUGUCCCUGAGUCUCCUUCCUCCAGAUGCUCUGGUGGGUCUCAUCACUUUUGGGAGAAUGGUGCAGGUUCAUGAACUAAGCUGUGAAGGAAUCUCCAAAAGUUACGUCUUCCGAGGAACCAAGGAUUUAACUGCAAAGCAAAUUCAGGAUAUGCUUGGCCUCACCAAACCAGCUAUGCCUAUACAGCAAGCAAGACCAGCUCAACCUCAGGAACACCCUUUUGUUUUCAGCAGAUUUUUGCAGCCUGUUCACAAGAUUGACAUGAACCUCACUGAUCUUCUUGGGGAGCUGCAGAGGGACCCAUGGCCAGUAACUCAGGGGAAGAGGCCUUUGCGAUCCACUGGUGUUGCCUUGUCCAUUGCUGUUGGCUUGUUGGAGGUCACUUUCCCAAACACAGGAGCCAGAAUCAUGCUAUUUACUGGAGGGCCUCCAACCCAGGGACCUGGCAUGGUGGUUGGAGAUGAAUUAAAGAUUCCUAUUCGUUCCUGGCAUGACAUUGAGAAAGACAAUGCACGGUUCAUGAAAAAGGCAACCAAACACUAUGAGAUGCUUGCUAAUAGAACUGCUGCAAAUGGUCACUGUAUUGAUAUUUAUGCCUGUGCCCUUGAUCAAACUGGACUUUUGGAGAUGAAGUGUUGUCCAAAUCUUACUGGAGGCCACAUGGUGAUGGGAGAUUCUUUCAACACUUCUCUCUUUAAGCAGACAUUCCAAAGAAUUUUUAGUAAAGAUUUUAAUGGAGAUUUCCGCAUGGCAUUUGGUGCUACUUUGGAAGUAAAGACUUCACGGGAAUUGAAGAUUGCAGGAGCCAUUGGUCCCUGUGUCUCUCUGAAUGUAAAAGGACCAUGUGUAUCAGAAAAUGAACUUGGUGUUGGUGGCACAAGUCAGUGGAAAAUCUGUGGCCUAGACCCCACAUCUACCCUUGGCAUCUACUUUGAAGUUGUCAAUCAGCACAAUGCCCCAAUCCCUCAGGGAGGCAGAGGAGCCAUUCAGUUUGUCACUCAGUAUCAACAUUCCAGCACCCAGAAACGCAUUCGAGUGACCACCAUUGCCCGCAAUUGGGCAGAUGCACAGAGUCAGCUUAGGCAUAUAGAAGCUGCGUUUGAUCAAGAGGCUGCUGCAGUUUUGAUGGCACGGCUAGGUGUGUUCCGGGCAGAGUCAGAGGAGGGGCCUGAUGUGCUCCGAUGGUUGGACCGACAACUCAUCAGACUGUGUCAGAAGUUUGGGCAGUAUAACAAAGAUGACCCUACAUCUUUUAGGUUAUCGGAUUCCUUUUCUCUAUACCCUCAGUUCAUGUUCCAUCUUAGAAGGUCUCCAUUUCUUCAAGUCUUUAACAACAGUCCUGAUGAGUCUUCCUAUUAUCGACACCACUUUGCCCGUCAGGACCUUACACAGUCUCUCAUCAUGAUCCAGCCCAUUCUUUACUCCUACUCCUUCCAUGGACCCCCAGAGCCUGUGCUCCUGGACAGCAGCAGCAUUCUGGCUGACAGAAUUUUGCUGAUGGAUACUUUCUUCCAAAUUGUCAUCUAUCUUGGUGAGACUAUAGCUCAGUGGCAGAAAGCUGGAUAUCAGGACAUGCCUGAGUAUGAAAACUUCAAGCACCUACUGCAGGCACCACUAGAUGAUGCUCAAGAAAUUCUACAGGCACGCUUCCCCAUGCCGCGUUACAUCAACACAGAGCAUGGUGGCAGUCAGGCUCGAUUCCUUUUGUCCAAAGUGAACCCAUCUCAGACACACAAUAAUCUGUAUGCUUGGGGACAGGAAACUGGAGCACCUAUCCUAACUGAUGACGUCAGCCUGCAGGUGUUCAUGGAUCAUUUGAAGAAGCUGGCUGUCUCCACUGCCUCUUAAACUGAGGAUGUGACCAGGAUAUUGGAGAAAACACAGUUGUGAGCAGAUCAUGUCCCAGUUAUUUAUAAAGGCUUAAUUGCAUUCCUUUAACUUCUGACAGAUUUUAAUAAAUAACCAAAGGAGGUUUUGUUUGUAAGUCUGAAGAUUAUAAUUUAUUUGUAAUCCUUUUCUAUGUCCCACUUCCUGCCCAUGAAAUUGUAAGGUCGUAAAUCUUUUGGUACUUGUAGUUGUUUACUUGCUUUUUGUAGCCUAACUUUAGAGUCUGUAUAAAAUCAGAGGUAAUGGAUUUUGUCAGCUUGUUGAAAUGAAAACAUUGAUGAUCAUGCAGGAAAUAAAUCGUUGAGGAAAGAAAGCACUGGCUAAAAUAAUGCUAAAACAAAUUUUACCUCCUGA